AUGAAGCGCUCCAGUUGGCGGUUGUUGGUGGCGGCGGGCGCGGUCUUCGCGCUGGCCCUGGAGGCGUUGCCCUGCCUGGUGCGCUGGCUGCUGGCGGGACGGCGGCCUAGGCGCGAGGUGCUCUUCUUCCCUUCGCAGGUGACCUGCACCGAGGCCCUGCUGCAGGCCCCGGGCGCGGCGCCCGCCAGGCCCCCCGCGGGCUGCCCGUGCAGCCUGCCGCACAGCGAGAGCUCGCUGAGCCGCCUGCUGCGCGCCCUGCUGGCCGCCCGCUCCAGCCUGGAGCUCUGCCUCUUCGCCUUCUCCAGCCCGCAGCUCGGGCGCGCCGUGCAGCUGCUGCACCAGCGCGGGGUGCGCGUGCGCGUCAUCACCGACUGCGACUACAUGGCCCUCAACGGCUCGCAGAUCGGCCUGCUGCGCAAGGCAGGUAUUCAGGUGAGACACGAUCAGGACCUGGGCUAUAUGCACCACAAGUUCGCCAUUGUGGAUAAGAAGGUGCUCAUCACCGGCUCCCUGAACUGGACCACACAGGCCAUCCAGAACAACCGCGAGAAUGUCCUGAUCAUGGAGGACGCCGAGUACGUGCGGCUGUUCAUGGAGGAGUUCGAGCGCAUCUGGGAGGAGUUCGACCCCACCAAGUACAGCUUUUUCCCCCACAAACAGCAUGGUCACUGACUGUGUCCUGGCCAGCUUGCCCUGUCCCUGAGAACGCCCCCUCCCUCCUCUUUGGAGCAGCCUCUUCUGGCUGGCAGGAGCACUGGUCGUGUUGCUGGCCUUACUGCUGCUUCUGCACAGAAACCGGGGAGGCAGUGGCGUGGGUGGUGCUGCCGGCUAUCUUAGAGAAGUUGUUUUGAUAGGCAGGUUGUCCUCAAGUGCCUUCCUGGCAUCUUUAAGACGUUCCUGGUGUUGCUCUUCGGCAAUUGGCCUUCUAUCUUCCCAUGUAGAGGGAAGUACAGAUGGCCAGAAGCACCUGUUGUGCUAUUUUUUCCCUCC